UACAACACUGGAUGGGAAGGAUACACGUGGGUUCUUCCUCCGGUCGGGACAGGCAGGCACAGACGCUGAAGGUUAAGCAAGGCUGUCAGGGGUUUUGUGUUGAACAGGACCCAAAGGCUGAUCGGCGGGAAUCGAGUGAGGGUGAACGGAAAGGUCAUUUGCAGACAUGGACCCCAUGAAAGCGCAGCAGCUCGCCGCCGAGCUCGAGGUUGAAAUGAUGGCUGAUAUGUAUAACCGCAUGACCAAUGCAUGUCACAAAAAAUGCGUUCCUCCUCACUACAAGGAAGCAGAACUUUCAAAGGGAGAGGCUGUGUGUUUGGACCGCUGCGUCGCCAAAUACUUGGACUUGCAUGAGAGACUUGGCCGGAAGCUUACCGAGCUCUCAGUGCAGGAUGAGGAGGCGAUGAGAAAGGCUGCCGCCGGCACCAGUUAGGCCCGGUAUGGACUCCAUCAGUGAAUCUUGAAAUCUGUGGAUGGUCUGGGGUUUGUGGGGGAGGGACAAUAAUAUUACAACAAAUAAUAUUCCGACAGUUGAUUCACCAAAAGAUACUGGUGAAAGGUUCAGACUUUUGAAAAGAGACUGCAGUGGAAUCUCCAGUGCUGGCAUAAACAUUAUUGACAUCACAGGAAUAAAACUGUGUGGGGUGAUUUAUGAAGUCUUGUUAAAUUGCGUGUCCCUGUGAUUAUUGUAAUUGUGGAUGUUUUUUAUGUUGACAUUGUAUUUCUGACAUUCUAAAUCAUUUUGCAAAAACAUACCCUGAGCGUUCUACAAUAUUAAAACACUUAUUGUGCUCUUUAAUCACUGAUUUCUAUUGGUUUAAUGUCGUAUUGCAUAAAACAGACAUGUAGGGGUGCUUUCCCGCACAGGGAUUAGUUUAAUACAGGACUAGGCCUUAGCUAAAUUAAGACAUUUAAGUAGUUUUUACAAACAUGCCUUACAAAACAACAUUACUUGUCUGCAUUUUGAGUUAAAACAAUGGCACUGAUGUAUUUGAAGAUGUUUCAGUGCAAGCAGUUUUAAAUUUAGACAGAUCUAACAUUUACUUUAGUCUAGGACUAGUCUUAAGCCCUGUGCGGGAAACCACCCCGUAGUCUUUUUAGAAGAAUAGGUUAUUCUAAUUAAUUAACAGUUCUGUCAUUUUUGACCAUUGCGUCCAUUCUUGAUGUUUUAUCUGUUUUGCACUACUUUGGUUUAUAUGAUGCUAUAAGACACUGAAGUUGUUUACUCUUUAAAAUUAUCUGCUUCAAAAUGCUUUUACUGAAUUAGUGCAGAGAGUACAUCAGAAGUAAAACUAAACGUAAAAGGUUGUCAAGAUAAAAAAUAGUUUGAAUUUUAAAAAUGCAUCUGAAGACUCCUGCCAUCUGUUCUAUUCUUUUGUGUUUUGUCCAGUUACUUUUUGAAUACAGAAACAUGUUAAGGAAACACAAGGAAAUGUGUCUGAUUAUUUAAU